AUGAGAUCCAUCUAUUUCAUGCUAGCUGCCUCUGUGCAGUCAGCAUGGGCAAUUAUACCAGAUACGGAAACUUCUACUGAUAUCCAGUCGGCCACUCAGGCUCGGGACUCCAUCGUGCGUGACAACUAUCACCACAACUUCUUCAACAUGUUCGCCUGCUGUGGGAAUGCCAAGUGGAUCAUCAUGCACGAAUGGAGUUUGUUCGACACCUUUGAGUUCACCGUCUUUGAGCACCCCGGUGGCGUCCAGCACUCCUUUACCAUCGACCUUGCAGGCAUCUUCAAGAGCAACUCCGUCAGGCCCAAUCUCUUCGGCGUCCUCUACUCAAUCAUCAUCCACGGAAACUCCCAGCUCUUCACCUCCUGCUCAGCCCCUGAGCAGCUCAAGAAGUUUAAUAUCUUCAGCGCGCUCUAG